AACUCAGCAAGCAACCUGUACAUUACAGCUCAACUCACACAACAAGAUGAUUGAUCAAUUGCUAGCACCUCCGACCCAAAUCUCACACACCGAGUCGCUGCGACUCUCACAACUGGCGCCAAAAUGGCUCCGUAGCCAAGCACCCAGCAGUCUCCCUUACCCGCUCUCUCUCCUCACGACUUCCGAAUCGGCCGAGCAAUGGCAAGCAAACGAGAACCUGCUUGUCGCCUGUCUACGCACCGGCGACGAUGAAACCGCAUACAUCUGCCUUGAACAACUGUCCCAACGUUUUGGACCCGACAACGAGCGCGUCCAAGCAUUACGUGGACUCUACGAGGAAGCAACCGCAGCAGACGACAAGGCACUGUUGAACGUGUUGAAGAGCUAUGACGAGUUGCUUGAGGAGAAGCCUGCGAACAUCCCGGUCUUGAAGAGAAAGGUUGCGCUGUUGAGAGGGUUGGGCAAGGUGGCCGAUGCGACAAAGGCGUUGACCGAGUUGUUGGAUAGCUCGCCUAUUGAUGCUGAGGCAUGGGCUGAGUUGGCUGAGCUUUACUUCUUGCAGGGUGCGCAUGCUCAGGCUGUCUUUUGCUUGGAAGAGGUGUUGCUCAUCACGCCGAAUGCUUGGAACAUUCAUGCUCGUCUGGGUGAACUCCUCUUCGUCUCUGCCAACGCAGCAGAGGAUGCUGGAAGCAAGCUCAAGCUACUCGCAGAUGCUCAACGCAGCUUCUGCCGUAGCAUCGAACUGUGCGACGACUACCUCCGUGGCUACUACGGUCUCAAACUCACAUCACAACGCCUCCUUGAAGCCUUGUCUCAAACGAGCAACAAGCCCCAAAAAGCACAAUCAUCAGACGCAACAGUCGGCGACCUGCCACCACCAUCCGUCGCUUCGGUGGAGAAGCUGCGCGAGCUCUCGACCAAGAAGCUUUCGGAAAUUGUCAGACGUAGCAUGAGUGGUGAGAAAGGCUGGGAUGGAUACGACCAGGCCGAGCUCAUCGCCGUGAAAGAGCUUCUCAAUAGAGACACUCAGUCAGUCCAACGAUGAGGCAUGUCAUCCUCUAAUCCAACCCACCAGAAGCCAUGUAUAAAAGCAAGCGAGAUACCC